UGUAGUCUCCAUGGCCAAGGCCAAUUUAAUUUCCAAUUUCUUUAUUUAUUGUGAUUGUGAAUGUGAGGUUACUAACUGGUUAUUGUAGUAUUUUGUUUGGUAUUAUCCCAGAUUAUCAUCGUUUCUCGUGUUUAGCUGUCUUAUAAAAUGAAGAAAUGUUUGGUUGCUUUUUGUAAAAAUUAUCAGUCAAAUCAUAAUGUUAAUUUUUUUAAAAUCACAGAAGAACGUUACAAUUCUUGGAUGAAAGCAAUUGGAAGAAAUCCAUCAGAUAAAGUAUCAUAUGAUAAUGUUAUAUGCUCAAAACAUUUCAAACCAGAGGAUGUCGUAAAGAUGGGCAGCAGAAUGCAACUGAAGAAAAAUGCCGUACCAUCUUUGAAUUUAAAACCAAGCAGUUUAAUUAACAAAAAUAAAGUUUCGGAAAGCGAAUCUAAUAGAGCAAGGGAUAUAAAUGAUACUAGGAACUCCAUAAAUUUUACAGAAAUUAUCAGUACAGAUACAGAUCCAUUAGAAAUCACUGCCCCCAGUAGUCUUUCUUUAUUUGGUGACAGUGUAGAUAAUAUUGAGUUUGUAAUCGAAAGUGACAAUGAGUCUGAAGAACAAGAAAUUGGAACAAAAAACCAUCCUUUUGUUAUUCACUUAACUGAAUUAAAAGGCCAGGGAAAGUUACUUGUCAAUGAACAUAUUCCAAAAAUUCCAGUUGUUAAUGAUACUCAUUAUGAGGUGGUAAAUUUAGAUUUAGAUCUAUCUGAUGCGGAGGAGAUAAAAGAUGAAAUUAAAAUUGAGACGGAAGAAAUACAAAUUAUUUCUGAUGAAGAAGCUGAAGCAAAAUUAAUACAUGAUGACAAAGAUACCAGACAACAAAUAGAAUUGAAUGCCGAUAUACCCACUAAGAGUAAGAAACAAAAUACACAAUGUUAUGUCCCUGACUGUAAUAUAUAUGAUGAAGAGGAAGAACUUCUUUAUUGGUUUAGAGCGCCAAAUGAUAGGAAUUUAAGAAAAUUAUGGGAUAUUUGUAUAGAUCGCAAAGACCAAAGAUUGCAUGUGGGUGAUCUUAUCUGCCACCAACACUUCCAUGAAAGUGAUAUAAUUUACUAUACUGAUAAAAAUGGUGUGGUUUUAAGUAAAACUUUGAAGAAUGGAGCCAUACCAUGUAUAAAUUUCUAUGAAGGAUGUUGUGUACCAAAUUGUAAUAAUCAGAGUGGCCAUAUGUAUACCUUUCCUGCGUUUCAAUCUUCCAAUUUUAAUCUGUGGUUGUAUAUGAUAAAAAACCAUGAUUUAAGGAAGUUAGAAAUGAAAGAAGUGAUGAGACAUCGAGUUUGUGCAAGACAUUUCGAGCGUGAUUGCUUUGAAAGUGAGUUUGUGCUUAAAAGUACUGCAGCUCCAACCUUGUUCCUACCAGAUCACGAUAUUAACCAAUUUAGUUCAAAAGUAGUGUACCAACAACUAUCCAAAGGUAUCUCUGACCCAAAUAAGGAUACUAGAUUGUGUUGUGCAUAUGGAAAUUGUACAAAUAAUAAUCAUACAGACAAAAGGCUGUUUAAAUUUCCUGAAGAUCCAGAUAGGUGUAUAGCUUGGCUUACAGCUUGUCAUAGAGGAGGGCUUAUCUCUACACCAGAAGAGACUGUGAAAACAAUGGCUUCUGGAAAGUUGGGUGUUUGUGAAGACCACUUUGAACAAGACUGUUUUGAGUGUACAGGAAUACUAAAAUCCGAUGCUGUCCCCAAACCUCCUGAAGGAUUUAUUGUUGACUUUAUUAGAAGAUCAAUAGCAUUUUCGGACCCCUCAGAUUCUACAGUAGCAGAAGCAUUUUUUAUAAAUGAUCAAGGUAGAAAGAUAUCGCCAUCAACUUCCUCUGGAAUUUGUUCUUACAGAAAUUGUACUAGUAAGGUGUCGGCAGAAAACCCAUUUUUCAGUUUUCCAGUAGAUCCAAUAAGAGGCGAACAAUGGUUGAAAGCUUGUGGGCUAAUGGUGUCACCUUCAUCAAGAUUACAAAUUUUAAAAAACCAGCAGAUUUGCAGCAAACAUUUUGAUGAAAAUAUGUUUGAAUCGAAAUAUAAAUUGAAACCUGAUGCUGUCCCAAAUGCUUUAAAGAAAGGAGACGAAAAUUCAAAUAGAAGAGUAAACAGUGCACCAAUGAGAACUUCACAGAUGGACCCUUUGAAAGUAAUUUAUUGUGCAGUAAGUACUUGCCCAAAUAAUUAUGGAUUAACGCCCGGCAAAGGAAAAUUCCCUAAUCCAUCGGAAGAUCCUGAAAGAUUUGAUAUUUGGCUUCAACUGAUAGACAAUGCGGCACUGAAAGAUCUUUCUCCUAAGGAGGUAUAUGAAAAGUAUAUGGUUUGUAUGAAGCAUUUUGAACCACAGUUUUAUAUGAAGGAUGGAAAAGUAGCUAAUUUAAGUAAAGAAGCUGUACCGACUAAAUUUCUAUCAGCUGAUAUUUCGUGGUUUGUGACUUCAGAAUAUUACAAAACCAGGAUACAAAAAUAUAUGGACAAAACUGACAGCCGUUUUCAAAAAGAUAGCUGUCUUGUACAUAAACAAGAGAAAAAUAAAAUGCGUACAGGAGAAUCAGAUACAACAUGUGUUCUAGAGGAAGAUGGAAUUAGGUUCAUAAAUACAGGACAUUAUAUACAUGCAGUAAAACAGCCUAAUUCAAAAAGAAAAUUUCCAUAUGAAGUGUACAAGUUUUUCAAGUCAGGAUAUGGAUUAACUGAUGACAUAGCAAUCGGAGAAAAUAUCAAGAUUCACACAGCAAUAAUAAUCGACGACAAUGAUGAAUCUGAAAGACAGGUGUUGCAGCAGUUACUAGACAAAAGGAAAAGAAUUUGAGUUGUUCGUUAUUAUAUAAAACCAUUAUAAUAAACUUAAACUUUCUAAUGUAUAUACAUUUUUUUAAAUAAAAUUAAAUUCCUAA